UGGAUAGACACUUCAAAACGUGGCCUGCUAUAGGACAGACACUUCAAAACGCGACCUAUCUGUUUCUACACGUACUACUGCACGUCUGAGCUCCAGAAGCCCAGGCCACUUUGGAGAAUUUAAACUAUGAAUGAAACACAGAACACGUAUUGGAAUUGUUUAGUAAACCAGAUGAAGAAAUAAUUGAAAGGUUAGAGUAGACCUAUGUUCAGAGAUUAACUUCCACAAUCUAUGUUUACAAGCCAUUCAAAAUGUAUUUCAUGUGACGUUAAAAUGGUGAGAGGCCAGUAUGAUUUUAACCCCUUGGGUACCUUACAAUCACAGCCAUCCUGAAACUGCCGGGUAGGGCAACAGGUACGCAUGCUUUUUCCUCGUGUGUAUGUUUUCUUCAAAUGAUGACACUAGUGCAGACCUCUGCGUAGUUUGAUCUGUCGACCUAACGAGCUACAUGUAUUUGGGUCAGAGGAGACAUUGUUUUCCUGUACCUUUAAGAGUGGGGCGCAGUGUGCAGGACUACACUGGGGACGUAAUUCAAACACUUGGCUCCUCCUAAUUUUACGGUUUCGUUUCCUGGAGGUCGAGCCUAUCGUGUUGUUGACAAAAAAACGUAACAAAUAUCGUUUUUUACUGGGCAAAAUGGGUCAGUCGUUGCCGACCCCGGACUGCGAGCCCUCGGUGUGUCCUUUGUGCCACGGUAUAUGUCGGAAUCCGACUGCGCUGAGAUGCAAACAUAUUUUCUGCUACUGCUGUAUACAGGAGUUAUGGAGUGGUUCGCCCACCGGUCCAUACUACUGCCCCGAGUGCAAGGAGGAGUACAAGACAUUACCGGUGGGGUUCAAGAGAGACACUACCGCAAGUCCGUGGCGACAUGAAGCGCCUGCACAUACACGCACCAGCUCAGCGACAGAAGGCAGAGCCAAUGAAGAGGAUGUCAUUGAGAUAAAUUCAGCGGGCUGGACCCUUGGGAAGAGAGCCUCCAUCUCUCAAUCCAAGCGUCUGUUAGGGAAGAGACCAGCCAGUUCUCCUGUCCCAGGAGGCCAUCUUCACGACAACAAGAGACAAGCGACUGGCAGCUCCUCUUCCUCCCACUCCAGGGGACGGUCUGGUGACCGUAAGAGACCCGCCACAUCCUCUUCCUCCUCUUCAGCCAAUCAGAACACGUCGUCUGACGUCGAGUUGUCCAGUGAGGAGGAGGUGCCAGCAGCACCAUUCUCCUUAGCAACCAAACCGCCUAGUACUGCGUCCGUCGCCGUCAGAGGUCCGGACCUGACACGUGAUAGGUCUAGGUCCCCUAGGAGAGACCCACCCAUUGAGCUGGACGAACCCCCUGCUGCAACAGAACCUCUUACAAGAGAACCACUGAAUGACCCUAGAAAAUCACCUGAAGCAGCAGCAGGUCACAUGACCAACACAUCGCCAAGAAGAAUCACCACCGUUGAGCUGGACCCACCUCCACCCCCUGCAAGAGAUCCGUACACACCCGCCAAGAAUCCUGCUGAAACGACCAUAACAACCCAUUUACGUUUAGUCACCCCUACGAAGGAGAAGCCUGUUGAAGCUGAGCGGGAGCCUCUUCCAGAGAUCUCCAACAGAUCUGGUCCAAUCGGCACCUCCACCUCUCCUACCCGUGCUGCCAACAACCUGUCCCCUGGACGUACCAACCUGUCCCCCAGCCUGGCUCGUCAAACCUCUAGGGAGACCUUCCUACCCUGCCACUAUUGCCCCAGCCAGGGCUCUCUCCCUGCGGUGAAGACCUGCCUGGUGUGUGGAGCCUCCAUGUGCUCCGACCACCUCCGGCCUCACCUGGAGUCCCCUGUCUUCCAGAGCCACACCCUGGUACCCCCUGUGGAGGACACCUCACCCUGGAGGUGCCCGGAACACCAGGAGAUGAACCGAAUCUACUGCCGUCAGUGUAGUGUGUGUGUCUGUACCGUGUGUACCGUGAUCGGGUCGCACCGGGACCACGCUUGCGUCAGCAUCAGAGAGGCCGAGAGGGAGCUGAGGGGGAACCUGAAACAGGAGAUGAAGAAGAUGCAGGGAGCGGAACAGUCUUUAAUCAGCAGAGUGACUGAGAUGACAGAGAAGAAACAGAGAUUCCAGGUAAGAAGGACAGGACCUCAGUUGGACCAGGUGUCGUCAACAACGUAAAAGGAAUUGAUGCCAUAAGCCAGUCUUCUAAAGAUGAGUUCACAGAGUUUGAAAAGUUGUUAAGACAAGAAAUCACCUUUUGAGACUUCAAUACACUAUUCCGGCUUCCUAGAGUCCUUGUUUCGAGACCUCUGUCUCUCAUUGGAGGUAGAGGACUUGAAGAAAGUCAGCAACUCCCACAGUCUUACUAAGUGAAAAACAGAAACAAGAAAAGCAGCUGAAUAAAGGGAAGAAGAAAAAGAAAGGUCUGGUUGCUGCCGGAGGGAUGAAGUCCAAGAUGAAGGAUGACCUAUCGGACUACGGAGAGUUCGAUGGAGGUUACGCACAAGACUACGAGGACUUCAUGUGACGUGACACCAACCCGAUUUCUGUAUCUCAAACGACACCCUGUUCCCUAUGUAGAACCCUUUAUAUAGGGGAUAGGGUGGCAUUUAGUAGGGUUCCACUGUCUGUCCCCAUUCCCCCUCCGCUCUGCUCCACCCAGCCCCCUCAGAGCAUGACCUAUGACCUAUUCUACUGCCCAGAGCCAUCCAAUGAUAACCACCCUUAUGUCGCCAGCCGCACACAAACUCGAUUCUGAAAAGAAGUGUUGAAUGGUUUGACGAGGAACGUCUGAUUUCAACAGGUUGUCUCUCCUCGUUAGAAAUUCCUUCAACGAUUCCUCGAAACUGACUGACCAAUAAGACUGUGUUCUAGAUACCAAAAUGUUUCACCUCCCAUAAUGAUGCGAAAACCCAGCAUCAAACUUGUUUUUUUUCCCCAAUCCUAGAAUGAAUUUAAUUUGAUCUUUUAAAAGAAAUGAUCUGUCAAACAACAUUUAAUUGUUACUGUUUGACGAAGGAAAAUACAUUUUGUGUUCCGUGCAAAUCAGAUUAUUACUAUUUUUCUCAAGUAUAAAUUAAAUAUUUGUUUUACUCAAAGGAUGGCUAUUGGCAUUCUGAAAUAUAAUACUACAUUGUUAUGUAAAGAAUUUAGUUCUCCAAAUGUCAGUUCGGUGCUCUUCACAUAUUACACAUAUAUAUUGAUCCUUGACAUCAUAGUAUUUUUCAGGAGAAAAUGUCCAAAUAAGUCAAGGAGUUUAGGACCAGUUGAGAAAAGCAACAUUGAGAUGAACAUGUUAGAUAAAUUCAGGACUCGGUUUGCAUGGUCACAUAGUCUACAAAUAUUUUUUUGGGGGGUGAAUUCCUAAAUUCCGUGUUUCUAGAAUGUUUAAAGAUUGAUUACUUCUAGUUGUAAGGAGGGUAAUAUCGCCCUGAACAUUCUUCCCCCUACAUUAUUUACAUUUUCUAGGAGAAUAAUACAAAAUGUUACGAUAAAGUAAUUUAAGGCUAGGAAGUAUUGAAGCCACACAAGUCAAUGUGUGAACAGAGGCCCAUAUACUGCUGAAAUGAAUAUGAUGUAACCAUAGUCUUAACUGUUCGUGUAUUUUAAUGGAGGAAUGAUGGCGCUGAAAAUAAUCUGUUAUGUAGCAUUUCAAUAAAUAGUCGUAGGGUCAAGUAGAAAACACGGCGCUGACCAUUUCAUCCUGGGCCUAUGUUCACAAAACAUCUGAGUAGAUACGCUGAUCUAGAAUCAGAUGCUCCCCCCCUUCUUAUUCAUUAUGAUCAGAAAAGGCUAAACUGAUCCUAGAGCAGCACUGCUACACUGAGAAACCCAGUAUAAUCGCUUCCACUGAGUUGAAGCAACAAUCAGUCUAGGUCUCCUUGGCAUAACUUUGCACGGCUUGUAUCAAGUGAGGUGAGAAACAGACCAAAUGUAUUUAGGAAAGAAGGUUGUACUGGGUUAUUAUCACUUGUUUUUCUUUUUCACAGCACAUUUUCAGGAUUGGUAAUAUAAACAAUAUUAAAGAUUAAAGUUGUCUUAUUUUAUCCACCUAAUUUAAUAAAAUCACUGU